AUGGCUCCCAUCUGGACUGCCCUUUGGGCGCUUACUCUUGGCCAAGCGGUGUUCGCCGCGCCACAGGCCUUGGCUCCUCGCGCCAGCAGUGUCGAUAGCUGGUUAGCAUCCGAGACUGUUGUAGCCCGACAGGGUAUUCUGAAUAAUAUCGGAUCGGCUGGGGCGUAUGCGGCAUCUGCCAAGCCAGGAAUUGUCAUCGCUAGCCCCAGUACCUCGAGUCCUGAUUACUACUAUACGUGGACUCGUGACUCAGCCCUCGUGUUCAAGACCCUCAUUGAUAUGUUCAAGAACGGUGAUACUGCCUUGCUUGCAGUUAUCGAAGAGUACAUUAGUGCGCAGGCUUAUGUGCAAACUGUCUCCAAUCCAUCUGGAGGCUUGUCUGGUGGUGCUGGAUUAGGCGAGCCCAAGUUCAACGUCGAUGAGACCGCUUUCACUGGUUCCUGGGGUCGUCCUCAGCGCGACGGGCCUGCUCUGCGAGCCACUGCCCUCAUUUCCUUUGGUGAAUGGCUCAUUGACAACGGAUACACUACCUACGCUACCAGUAUUGUGUGGCCGAUCGUGCGAAAUGACCUUUCAUACGUGUCCCAGUACUGGAACCAAACUGGAUACGAUUUAUGGGAAGAAGUCUCUGGCUCUUCGUUCUUUACCAUCGCAGCUCAGCACCGAGCCCUAGUGGAAGGAAGCAGCUUCGCCAGCAAAGUCGGCUCUUCCUGCUCCUACUGCGAUUCACAGGCACCCCAGGUUCUAUGCUUCCUGCAGUCAUUCUGGACAGGAUCGUACAUUCUGGCCAACUUUGGCGGUGGUCGAACCGGUAAAGAUGCCAAUACUCUGCUUGGCAGCAUUCAAACCUUCGAUCCCCAGGCCGGAUGCGACGAUACGACUUUCCAGCCUUGCUCUGCACGAGCCCUCGCCAACCACAAAGCCGUGACGGAUUCCUUCCGCUCGGUUUACACCCUCAACUCCGGCAUUGCUGCGGGUGUCGCUGUGUCGGUUGGUCGGUAUGCCGAGGAUUCGUAUUACAACGGAAAUCCUUGGUAUCUGUGCACCUUGGCUGCUGCAGAACAGCUUUAUGAUGCUCUCUACACCUGGAACAGGAUUGGAUCAUUGACCAUCACCAGUGUUUCUCUUCCCUUCUUCAAGGAUCUAUAUAGCUCAGCUGCUGCCGGUACCUAUGCCUCUUCCAGCGCAACCUAUUCUGCUAUCGUCAGCGCUGUCAAGACAUACGCAGAUGGAUACGUCGGCAUUGUGGAAACAUACGCCAUGUCCAACGGCUCCCUAUCCGAGCAAUUCUCCAAGUCCGACGGAUCACAGCUGAGUGCCCGCGAUCUCACCUGGUCCUACGCAGCACUACUCACCGCCAACGAGCGUCGCAAUGCCGUCGUCCCCACCGGCUGGGGAGAAACCACCGCCAGCAGCGUCCCAGCCCAGUGCAGUUCCACCUCGGCCAUUGGCACAUUUAGCUCCGCAACCAACACCGCCUGGCCAGCCACCCUCACCAGCGCGUCAGGCUCUGCAACGACGACAGCCACCGGAACGACCACCAAAGCAACCACUACAGCCACUACAACCACAAAGACCACAUCGACCACCACAGCAUGCACCACCCCCACCGCCGUCGCCGUGACAUUCGAUGUAAUUGCCACCACCGUUUACGGAGAGACCAUCGAGCUCGUAGGCUCCAUUUCCCAACUUGGAAGCUGGAGUACUAGCAGCGCUAUUGCCUUGAGCGCUUCAAGCUACACUAGCAGUAAUCAUCUGUGGUAUGUUGCUGUCACAUUGCCUGCUGGCACGACUUUCUCCUAUAAGUAUAUCCGUCUGGCUAGUGAUGGCACUAUCACAUGGGAGAGUGACCCUAAUCUGUCCUACACUGUGCCUGCGGCCUGUGGGACUACUUCUGCUACUAUCAGUGAUACCUGGAGAUGA